AUGUUGCCGCCAUUGGAGCGGAAGGCUACCCCUUUCUUCAUCCAAGAUGAGAUUGUCACCUGUUCAAGAACGCUGCAGUCGCUUGCUGCGUGUCAGCUCCUAGUCCGAAUACUGGAAAGAAGCUAUUCUAGUCGGCAGUCAGAUGGAACGCAAAAGAAGGGCAAAUCAGCAAGUCAAGCUAAAAGUGAAUUCGCUGUUCACUGCGAGACACUACGGGCUGUGAUUCGCAAUUCUGCUACCGAAUUAAAUUUCCGUUUGAAUGAGAUGGAAGAGUUGCUCAAAGAUAAUUCGUUCAGUCUGGUGCCUGAGGUCGGAACCGAUUGGAGCGGAGAGCUGUUCGAAAUGUUUUCCUCACAAAAUAUGGUCGUAUGUGAUCGGGUGUAUAAGUCAUAUUUCAAUUCAUGUGCCGAUAUUCGUUAUUUCUUGGAACACACUAUUUGUUAG